GGCCACAGCGGUAUUGUACUAUCUGUAGCCUUUUCUCCGGAUGGCACACGGAUGGCUUCGGGCUCCGGGGAUAGGUCGAUCCGAAUCUGGGCGGCGGAUACCGGAAAGGAAAUCCUAGAGCCACUUUUGGGGCAUACAGAUUGGGUCAAGUCUAUCGCAUUCUCUCAAAAUGGAAAACGUCUUGCCUCCGGCUCGGAUGACGAUACCGUCCGACUGUGGGACGUGGAGAUGGGGCAGCAGAUCGGGGAGCCGCUCCGAGGGCAUACAGACGAAGUUCGGAGUGUCGCGUUCUCACCCGACGGCAACCGCAUCGUCUCGGGCUCAGACGACAGGACACUCCGACUUUGGGAUGCGCAGACGGGACAGCCCAUCGGCGGGUCUUUGCAAGGUCAUACCAGCGACGUCCUGAGCGUCGCCUUUUCACCCGCUGGGGAUCGCAUCGCCUCUGGAUCCGUCGACGGCACGAUCCGACUCUGGGACGCCGGGACAGGGAAACCAGUCGGGGAUCCGCUUCAAGGCCACGAUGGCUGGGUUUGGUCCGUUGCAUAUUCUCCCGAUGGCACUCGCCUCGUCUCUGCGUCCAGCGACAACACACUCCGGAUCUGGGACACUCGGACGGGAAAGACGGUGUUGGGCCCUUUGCGAGGGCACACCAGCCAUGUAAUCUCCGUCGCAUUCUCGCCGGAUGGCAAGUACAUCGUCUCCGGCUCCUACGACCGCACUAUCCGGAUAUGGGACGCGCAGACGGGACAGACCGUG